AUGAUCAAGUGAGGAAAUCCGACGAAGCCGUCGGCUAUUUAUGAAUUCCCGGUGCCCGCCCACUACCGUAUCCGUGUCUAUGUCAUGCUCAGUGAUGAUAUUUACGAAAUUGCGAUAAUUCCAUUAGUUUCUCGCAUUGUUCCGAUUGCAUAUGGGUCCAUUCCGCGGCGAUAAUUGCGUUAGGGGGGAGUGAUGAUGGCAUUGAAAUAGCCAUGAAGUGGAAGGGUUCCCGAUAUCAUUGAUCUCAAAAAAGGGGUUUGCAGGGCGUGCAUCUAUGACUUGGCAUUCAAACCGGAUGGGUCCGAACUGCUGUGCGCCGUCGACAACAAAGUGGUUCUGUUCGAUGUGAACGAGGGAGGAAAAAUGCAGAGUUUGAAAGGUUCGUUCGGAACAGAAGAUGGAAGUAUCCAUUGCUCAAAUAAAAAUUCAGGGCACAAAGACCUCGUGUACACCGUCGCCUGGGCGGCCAACGGAGACAUGUUCGCUUCGGGCGGCGCGGACAAAGUGGUGAUUCUGUGGAAUGAGAAGCACGAGGGCACGCUCCGAUACAGCCACACCGACGUCAUCCAGUGCAUGAUGUUCAGUCCUGUCAGCCAAGUGCUUUUGACCUGUGCCAUGUUCGAGUUCGGCCUCUGGUCCACCGCCGAUAAGAACGUUGUCAAGCAGCGGAGCAACACGAGAUGCUGUUCUUGCUGCUGGAAUCAUGACGGCAGCCUUUUCGCAGUCGGACACGGAGAUGGAGCAGUUUCCGUUCGGAGGGGAACGAAUGUAGUAAGCGGGAAAUCAAGGGAACGUGUUUGACAGAGAACAUUUUCAGACUGAAGAACCACUUUUCACGAUUCAGCGACCGGGAGGCCAGCCAGUUUGGGGAAUCGCAUUCUCUUGCAGCAAAUCGUUUUCUCCGAAAGACUCGAACGGACAUCCGAUAUUUGUGGACGAGCUGAUGGCAGUCAUCGAUUGGAACAAGACCCUUUCCUUCUACGAUAUGGAAGGGAGUCAAAUGGGCGAAGAGAACGAAUUGGACUACGAACCACACUGCAUCAGCUACUGCCUCAACGACGAGUACCUUCUGAUUGGAGGAUCCGACAAGACGUUGAAGAUUUACACGAGGAGAGGUGAGUGAGCUAAACAAGGUAAGUUGAGAAAGUAGAUAAAUAAUAUCAGGAGUGUUGCUCGGAACCGUUGCUCAAAUGGAUCAUUGGGUUUGGUCCGUUUCGGUUAAACCCAACUCGCACACGGUGGCGAUGGGGUGCGUGGACGGAACGAUCGCCUGCUACAAUCUAGUGUUCUCGGUCGUUCAUUGCGUCGAUCAUGCCAGAUAUGCACAAAGGUAACGAAAUCUGAAAUUGACAAUAACUGGUCCCGGUUCAGAAAGAACAUGACGGACGUGCUGGUGCACAACCACGAGUACCGUACCAAUUGCAUCAUCCGAUGUCAAGAUCUCGUCAAGAAACUGUCGUUGUACGACACGAGACUGGCGAUUCAGCUGUCCGACCGAAUAAUCAUCUACAAACAACAACAUGCCGAUAACAAAUUGGAUCGGAGGACGAACCUGAAGUAUAAGAUUUCGGAAACGAUUCGCAAGAAUAUGCAGUUCUCGCUGAUGGUUGUCACUUUCGGACAUUUGGUCAUUUGCAACGAUGAAAAGCUGGAGUGUUACGAUCAUAAAGGGACCAAAAAGAGGGAGUGGAGCAUGAAAUCGGUGGUCAGAUACUUGAGGGUGCUCGGAGGAGUUCCGCACCGAGAGACACUCGUAGUGGGCACUGCGGACGGUGGAGUCUACAAGAUCUUUAUUGACAACGACUACCCGAUCCUUCUGGACACCCGCAACUCCGGCAUCAAAUGCGUCGACAUCAACGCGAACCGCACGAUCGUCGCCUCGAUUGACGACUCGAACGUGUGCAAAUGGCUGCAUAUGCAGUCGGGCGAGACGUUGCUCCAGGAGCCCAACUGCACGAGCGUCGUCUUCAACACUGUCAACGAGAACCUCUUUGCCUUCACGGCCAACAACAAUCUGUACGUGAGGACUAUGGACUCCCCGUCCCAUCACACAAAGGGCAUCCCGUACGUACUCGGAUUCGUGAGGAACAAGACCUAUUGUCUGCAAACGUACACCGUCAAAGCCGUCGACGUUCCUUACACAGCGGUUCUGUAUCAUUACAUUCAAAAAGGCAAUUUCAGGUGGGCCACUUUCACCUUUGAAUUCUCUUUCAUUUCCAAUGAACGUUUACAGAGAUGCGUACAGAAUUGCGUGCCUCGGAGUUGUGAAGAAUGAAUGGAGAUUCAUGGGAUAUCGAGCACUCGAAGCCCUUCAGUUCGAUUAUGGCAGAAAGGCGUUCCGAAAGAUUCGAGAUCGGCAGAUGAUGAAGAGAAUUUGGGAAUUGAAGGUUUCUAGGGAAAGCAGGGAAAGAUGAACUGUUUGAAUUUUCAGAAAAUGCAAGACAGCGGAGAGCCGGAAGUAAUCCUCCGAGCGCACAUUCUCGCGUAUCUCAAGAAGUUCCGCGAGGCGGCACAACUGUACAAAGACAACGGAUUCGAGAAUAAGGCGAUGGAGUUGUUCACCGACAUGCGAAUGUUCGACGACGUGCAGGAGGUGAUGAGCCACGCGUCGGGAGAGACCAAAAAGAUGCUGAUGCGGAAGAGGGCCAGCUGGGCGAGGGAUGCCAAUCAGCCGAAGAUCGCCGCCGAAAUGCUCAUCUCUUCGGGCGAUUUGGACAAGGCGACCCUUCUGAUAAUUGAAAAUGACUGGCUGGAACUGUAAAACACUGAAAUCUCGGUUGAUCCCGAUUCUUUUUCUUUAGAGCUAUCGAAAUUUCGCAUAAAAUCGACAGAAGCGACCUGGAAUCCAUGAAGAAACUCGCUGCUUACUUCAUCCGCAAGCACGAGUUUUCGUUGGCGUCGAAGAUUUAUCAAAGUAUAAACGACACGAAGGCGAUUGUGGAUAUGCACGUGAAUGCAGGCCAUUGGACCGAUGUGAGCUCUCCGAGCCCUUCUUGAACUUGAACUGAUUCAUUCAGGCGUUUGCGAUAGCGGACCGUCAUCCGAGGUACGUGGAAGACGUCUACCUGCCGUAUGCUCGGUUUCUGGCGGAAAGAGAUCGAUUCGAGGAGGCCCAGAAAGCGUUCCAUCGCGCCGGAAAAGAGCAAGAAGCACUGCACGUUCUGGAGCAACUCACUUCGAACGCAGUCAACGAGAGCCGCUUCAAUGAUGCUGGGUAGGUGGAUUGAAGUGAAGAGCACUGCGGAUGAGCACAUUACAGCUUUUACUACUGGCUGCUGAGCCAACAGUACAUGGAACGGAGUCAAACCGAAGAGAACUUGAGCCUGCUGACCAAAGCGAAAGAGGCCGCUCAACUGGCAGAAGCCUAUUAUGCCUACUACCCGGUUUUUAUAUUCUGUGUAAGUUAUUUUUUUUUGUAGGAAAAUAGAGAAUAAUAUACAUUUCAGAGCCAACCAUUCUCAUUCGACAGGCACGAGAACAUCAUGAACAUGGCAAGAUAUCUUGCGUUCACUCCGUACGUCGAGAACAUUUCCAAAGUGUAAGUUGUGCAUUUAAACAAUCUGCAAUCCUGAAUCCUUUUUCCAGAUUCGUUUACUUCACAAUUGCCAAAAUCGCCAACGAAUUCGGCGCAUUCAAAACAGCGCGAAGUGCAUUGGAUCAGCUGACAAAACUGAAAGUUCGCAGCAGUUUCGACCUCGACGGACAGAUCGAAGUGAUGACUCUGAACAUCCGGGCGAAACCGUUCACGGACACGGAAGCCAUGCAGCCGAUGUGCUACAGGUGGGAGAGGAGUCGCUGAAUUACUGUAGAAGCUUUCACGGCUUUCUGUAUUCAGGUGUGGACUGAACAAUCCGUUCCUCGGGGGACUCGCCUGCAUUCACUGCGAGACUCCGUUCAUUGUCUCCUUCAUCACUUUCGAUGUCCUUCCGCUGAUCGAAUUCAAAACGGAGCCAGAUAUUUCAUUCGAUGAAGCGAAAGAACUGAUUGAAAGUGAACCUCCACUGGCGAACGACGACUACAAUCCGUUGAGAGGACUGAAGAAAGGAGUGAAGGAAAUCAUUCUGAACAGAGAUUCGCUGUCGAAACUCGAGAGCGGCCACGUCAUCAUCCAGACAUUCCCGUCUCCCUUGGCGCCAAAAUUCCUGUUCAACAUGAUGCCGAGCAUCAACAUCGCCAUGUGCAAAGGGUGCAGUAAGGUAAACGAAAAGGGUUGUUGCACUCGAUUAGCACGUAUUUGUGACUUUCAGGUGUUCGAUUUGGACGACUUUGAAAUGGCGUGUCUCCGGAAGGGACACUGUCCGUUCUGCCGCACUUCUUACGAGAGAAACGAGGCGUUCUUUGUGGACGAGGACGAAGAAGAGGAUAGUUCGAAUGUGCCCAAUUUUGGACAGUUUGCUCGAUUGUGAAUCAUAAAGUAUUUAUUGAAACAGUGCUAUUCGAAAUUGAUGUUGCAGGAGAACGAACAGUCUCUUAGAAAAACACACAGAACCUUUUCCUUUGUGUUCAUGUAUGUAUGUGUAUGUAUGUAAUAUAUGGGCUGCCUACGGACAGACUGUGGAGCAGCAAGUUGCCGGGGAAGGACGACGACUCCAGCCGACACUCCGGUACAGCCUGGAGACGCUGGACAUGGUGCAGAAGUACAAGGUGCAGUUGAAAGUGGAACAGGUCGGCGAACAUAAGUAAGUUCAUUUUGAAUUCAAUGAAAGACUCGCGCAGAUCGUGGAGCAUCCGGACGGCUGGAAGACAUGAAUGGAGUGGCUGGGGGAGACUUGCGACUUCUCAUCAAGGAGCCGUUCUCGCCACGAUCGUCGACUUCGGAGAGCCGGAGACUUCAUCCAGCAUGCUCGUGGCGAAUCCGUUGGUGACGGCGGCAAAGGAACUGAAGUUCGCGUGCCAACUGGCCCACGGAUCCCCAGUCGCAAUCAUCGAUCGGUGGUCCGACGUCUCCGAGCUCUACCAGUCGAUUGCUAACUGUUUCGGGAUCAGCAAGGAUGACAUCAUCUUCCUGAUCGUCAAUGAUUUCAAGGUAACAGUCCCAGUUGAGUAGCAGUCCGGAAUGUUCUACUUUCAGGCUGAUAUGAAGAACAUGUUCACCGGAACGCUCAACUUCAAGGACAUGCUCUACGCGCACGUUCGUGGACAAGCAACGGAGCUGAGCGUGCUCAAGGACGACGCAAACUUCGGAGUGACGAUCACAGACAACGGACUCGGCAACGCUUUCAUCAAGAUGAUCGCUCCCGGCUCGGUGUUCGAUCGGAUGAAACCGGCCACUCAGAUCGGACAGCUGAUCGAGGCGAUCAACGGAGAACGCGUGCUCGGCCGGAGACACUACCAAGUGGCUCGCAUUCUGAAGAACGUGCGACGUGGCGAUCAGUGCCACAUCCGGCUCAUUUCGCCGAAGACGGCCGAGAUCGGAGCGAUGAAGGCGCCGAAGAAGACGAACGAAUUGGCGAAGGGGACGAUUCGGUUCAAGUCGGAAGGCGGAUUCGCGGUGGAGGACAUCCAGGAUCAGAUGAUCCAGGCGGAGAUGUGCGGAAAGCUGAACGAACUGUUCGACCAGUACCUCGGAGUGCAGGACGACCAGCUCGCGAUGCGAAUCUGGGAGACGGCGGCCAACUGCGACACUUUGUGGCAGCUCGGCGAGGCGAUCAAACAGGUGAGCAAAUGAGUGCUCCGGCCGGUGGGCAAUAAUGUGUUUUCAGUCGGAACUGGCGAUGUUCGACUUCCCGGACGGCCUCGUCUUUGACAUGUGGGGAAUCAUUGGAGACCUGAAGAGGGAACGAAGCAACAAGACACCGGCUCCCCUCAUGAAGAACACUGCUCCGCGCCCGACCGCAAUGACCCGUUUCAACUGA